AAGUUAGAUUAAAGUCUCACCUACUUAUUAGUGUAUUUGAUUUGACGAGAGGACUUGUAUUUUAGUACAUGAAAAGAGAGAGAGACGCCAUUAAAAUCAGAGUAGUAUAGUACGUCAAAGGUUAAAGAGACCGAAACCAAACUAUAUUUAAAGCAACAACGUGAAGCACUUGAAACAAGAUUGAGAUAUAACCAUAACCAAAACCAAAUCCUAUCCGUUCUAGGCGUUUAACUUCGACGGUUUUGGCGGCUGCUAAAUGCUUCCAAUGAGCAGAAACAUCAACAGCGUUGGCGUUUGGCAGAGCAACAACGGUUACUAUGGCUAUAGCUAUGGAGGAGGAUACGUGGAGAAGAGACAGCUCUUCCUUAAGAGCUACCAGUUCUCGAGGAAACAGAGCUUAACCGAGAGGAUCAAGAGAUCUGUGGGGAGGGUUGUGAAGAAAGUUGUCUGGAUGAAGUUGAAAUCUGCUAAGAGGCUGAAACGCGUUGUCUGGUCGCGUCUCAAAACGGCGUUCUUCUACCGCCGUAGACGUUUCUCUCGUCUCCUUCACCCAAACAAAUCCUCCUCUCACUGCUUCUACUAAGUCUUUCUAUUCUCUCUAUGUUCAUUCGUUUGUGUGUGCAUUAGUUUGCUGCGUGCUUAAACUAAGAUUCUUCUUCUUUAAUCAUGUUGUUGAUUCACUAAAUAAUCUUUGUUAUAAUAAAUACUAUGCUACAAAUUGUGAUCA